AUGACUCAAGGGACGAAGUUGCCACUUCCCUACACGCUCGUGCACACGCUAAGAGGGCACCAGGGCACCGUCACCACCGUCAGAUUCAACAGCAAUGGCAACUACUGCUUGAGCUGCGGUCAGGACAAGAGCAUCAAACUGUGGAACCCGCACAAGGGCGUCCUCAUCAAGACCUACACCGGCCACGGCUACGAAGUGCUCGACGUCGCCGUCACGAAGGACAACAGCCAGAUCGCGUCGUGCGGAGGCGACCGACAGGUCUUCCUGUGGGACGUCGGCACGGGCCAGCCCAUCCGCCGAUUCAAGGGCCACGACUCGCGGGUGAACUGCCUGGCGUUCAAUGAGGACAGUUCGGUGCUGGUCUCGGGCAGCUACGACAAGACCGUCAAAAUUUGGGAUUGCCGGUCGCGGUCGUUCACGCCCAUACAGACGCUGAGCGAGGCCAAGGACAGCGUGUCCAGCCUCUACAUAUCAAGUGAAGAGAUCAUUACUGCAUGUGUGGACGGCUGCGUGAGGAACUACGACAUCCGAACCGGUCGGCUCAAAACGGAUUUUAUGGGCCAGCCCUGCACGAGCGUGUCACUCUCCAAUGAUUCCAACUGUCUGCUGAUCAGCAGCCUCGAUAGCAGCAUCCGAUUACUCGACAAGCAGUCGGGCGAGCUCCUCGGCGAGUACAAGGGUCACGUCAACAACCAGUACAAGAUCGCGAGCAGUCUCUCCAACACCGACGCCUACGUCGUGAGCGGGUCAGAGGACUCGCGAAUCUGCUUCUGGGACCUCGGCAAGCUGGUGCAUACGCUGAAGGGCCACGAGAAGGUGGUGUGCGGCAUCAGCUACCACCCGACGCCGGACACCAACAUGCUCGCCUCGUCCUCGCAGGACGGCACCGUGCGCGUGUGGGGUCCAUAA